AUGGCUGAGGAAGGAGGGAACAAACUGGGAUUUUGCAUAGCGCUUUUAGGAUUAUAUGGGAAGGGUGUCAUGGGUUACCUUUGUCCGCAAGUACAAACAAUACUGAUCAUGGAUGAAAUUCAGGUGCUGUACAAUCCAGAAGGUCUGCCAACCUGUCUAUUUGGUGGUGACAGGUUUUGGGACACAGGCAAUAGAGUUCUACAGGGCAGUGGUCUCCACAUCGUUGCGUUUGCCUCCUACGGAUAUCGUGGAGCAGCUAAACCAGGUGUAGAGCCGUUGCCAUUCGAGAAAAUAUUCAAAUUUUUUAAACAGAUGAUUUCUAUCAAGGUGUUAAGCGGACACGCGCAUGUCAAAAAGUCAUGGUGA